UGUCAACUACUGCUAAACUAAUCCAAAGAUGUGAAAUGUAAGUGAAGCAGUCCUGGUCAGGUUCAUAUUAUAUUGAAUGUAACUAAUAUUGAUUUACAUGUAACAUUUCCAUAUUAUAGCCUGAAGUCACCAAACAAACAUUGUAUUUUUAUGCCUAUUACAGCCUGUUUCUAUCUAUCUUUGUAGUUUCCGUGGUUCCCAGUGAGGACUCUACUCCUUUUGAGUCAGCUGAGGAGGUUCUCACAGUGACCCAAUCAGACUCCUCUCAACAAGAGUGAGAUGCAGGAAACUGCAGGACAUUCUGCAGAGCUCAGAAGAUAUUCCAGAUGCAAGCGGGCAUCCUUCCACCUCCACAUCAUGGUGCUUGCGCCAAUCUGCAGCCCAAGAUGAGUAGCGGAAAGCGAGGUCUCAUCAUCUGAGCUGCUUGCUGUCCUGCAACGUGGUUCCAGAGAAGAACUGCAGCCACUGCACAUCUCCUGCCAUCAUUCGAUGCAGAGACUGCAUGCCAGAGGAGUGGCUGUGUACGGAGUGUGGCAUACACAUCCAUAAAAAACACACACUCCAUAACAGGGAGUCCUGCAUUGGGGGAAUUUACAAGCCCAUAGAGCCAACAGUGUGCUGCGUAAAGCAAGAUGGCGGAUAUACACUGGUCAAUCAAGUAUGUCUUUUGCCUACAGUGAGGCCUGUGCAGUUGUGCACGUGUGAUCCUGCAACCAUAACAGAAUCAGCUGGUAGAGCAAUAAUUAUGGUUUGCAUAAAUGGUCGGUAUGAUUGGCACUUGUCAAACUUGUCUUGCAAAUUAUGUCUGGCACAGUGGACACCUGACAUGAGCGACCUCAUACGCACUGGGUAUUGGCCAGCAUCUGUGAAUGCUGACACAUUGUUUUCAGUGGAUGUCUUUACUUCAUUUGAAGAGUUGAAAACUGUGGCUCCCAGUUUGUCGCGUCAGGGUUUUUUGCGGAUGUUGGAGAAGAGGACCUGUCAAUUUGGAAGGGCUGGCAAAAUCCAUGGAGACGUAUUCCAAAGGAGUUAUUUGGAGUACACAUUCUGCCAGUACCAUUGGGAGAAUAUGGCCAGUGUAGAGCACUUCACCUGCCCGGCAUGUACACCCAACAAGAUAGCUCUUUGUGCAGAUGGCAACAGAAAGCAGUACCGAUUUCGACAGUCAAAAGGACUUGUGAAAAGGCGGAGGCUGAGUCUCAGAGACUGGAAGAUUUCUACCUUCGCCUGAUCUGCUCCACGAUGUGCCUGGGGAGUUACAACGACAUCAUGGGCCGGGCCUCCGUCAAGGCAGGAAGGCUAGGAAACGGGGUAGGAGAGGCAGCCUUAGACGGCGCAUCCGAGGAGCUACCAAGCUACCGCUACCACCGAUGCUUCUCUGCAACCCACGAUCCUUAAAAAACAAACUGGAUGAACUGCGUCAACAGGUUGGAGCCUGCCAAGAAUAUCGUGAGUCUGGUCUAAUGGCUUUUACAGAAACCUGGUUUAGUGACGAGGUGCCAGACAACUUUAUUCAAAUCGAAGGUUUCUCCCACCUACGUUUAGACACGGCAAGACACGGGGGGGUGGGGUGUGUAUGUACAUUAAAGAUAGCUGGUGCCGUAACAUUGCAGUGAGAGACAAAAUGUAACCCAGACCUGGAGCUGCUGUGUGUUAUCCUGCGGCCACAUUAUCUGCCAAGAGAAUUUACCAACAUAUUUGUGUGUGUUGUGUAUAUUCCACCAAGUGGGAAUGCCAGCAGAGCAGCUAAGGCAAUCACAGACUGUGUCCAUCGCCAUUUGAAUUUGUACAGA